UUUUGAAAAUUUCUGCAUCUUGCACUCGGUUCUUGUUGAUAAAGCAAGCACAGUCGAAAACAGAACUAAUCUCAGUUCAGAGAUUUAUCUGGCUUGAUGGAGCUAUCAGGCAAGCAUUUGGCGGUAUCUAGCUAUCUUGUUCCUGUUUAUGUUAUGGUUAUUCUCCUCUCAUGUCUUGACAUGCUUGGUUUAGCAACCUCUGUGGUCAGUAGGAAUGACACAGAUCAUCAAGCCCUAUUAGAGUUCAAGUCCAAGAUAACAGGUGAUCAGUUCGGGGUUAUGCAUUUGUGGAACAAUUCCAUCCACUUUUGCCGGUGGUAUGGUGUUACAUGCGGUCACAAACAUCAGAGAGUCACCAAGCUGGAAUUGCAGUCUCUAAAACUCGUGGGUUCCAUAUCGCCAUUUAUUGGAAAUUUGAGUUUUCUGAGGGUGUUAAAUCUUCAAAACAACAGCUUCAAUCAUGAAGUUCCUCAAGAAAUUGGUCGUUUACGAAGACUGCAAAUCUUACGACUGCUCAAUAACUCCAUAGGAGGUGAAAUUCCUUCCAAUUUGUCUGGUUGUUCUGAGCUUACAUUACUUAGUUUUGGGGGCAACCUGCUAGCUGGACAAAUACCAGGUGCGUUGGGGCUCUUGUCAAAGCUAAAAGUCUUUAGUUUAAGCAAAAAUAAUCUAAGAGGAACUAUCCCGCCUUCCUUAGGGAACUUUUCGUCUCUGGAGUAUAUGUCUCUCGCUUACAACAGAUUGAGCGGGGUUAUACCUGAAGCACUUGGCCAACUGAAAAACCUUACAUAUUUGGCCGUGUUUGACAAUGGAAUUUCUGGCACCAUUCCUCCCUCAAUUUUCAAUCUCUCCAAUAUCAAAUUUCUUUAUUUUGGCAUAAAUCAGAUUCAGGGUAGUCUUCCCUCGGACUUAGGAAUCACUAUGCCACAUAUCGAAUGGCUUGACGUCGGAGAUAACCUAAUCACUGGACCAAUCCCUGCUUCAAUAUCCAAUGCCUCAAAUCUCAUAGAACUUCAAUUCCAGCAGAACACGCUUAGUGGAAACCUGACUUUAUUUGAAAAGCUGAACAAACUAUCGGGACUUAGAAUCAAUGACAACCUUUUUGGAACUCGGGGAGGAACUGACCUGAACUUUCUCUGCUCUUUAACUAAUGCUACUAAACUAAAGUAUCUGGAUAUAAGUCGCAAUAACUUUGGAGGGAUGUUGCCCGAGUGCAUAAGCAAUUUGUCUAGCACUCUCGCAUUUUUAAUUAUACAACAAAACGAAAUAUCGGGAAGAAUUCCAGAUGGGAUUGGAAAUCUCAUCAACUUGGAGGUGCUAGCGGCGAUGGGCAAUCAAAUAUCAGGUUCCAUUCCCCUUGUUAUUGGGAGGCUUAAGAAGCUAAAGAUAUUUUAUGCCUAUUAUAAUUCUCUCUCUGGGGCUAUUCCCCAUUCUUUUGGAAAUUUGACGAUGUUAACUGAACUUGGUUUAGGUCGUAACAAUCUUCAGGGUAGCAUUCCCUCACAUCUGGGUAGGUGCAAGAAUUUGGUUAGAUUGGUUCUUUCUAACAACAACCUUAGUGGUUCUAUACCCCCUGAAGUAAUAGCACUCACAUCCUUGUCCAUUUCUCUAGAGCUAUCUUCAAACAGUUUAACGGGUGUACUUCCCGUUGAAGUAGGAAAUCUGAUAAAUCUGGGUGUAUUGGAUGUUUCUCUAAACAGAUUAUCAGGUGUGCUUCCAAACAAUCUCGGUGGUUGUGUACGACUGGAGGAAUUAUACUUGGAAGGAAAUUCCUUCGAAGGGAGUAUUCCAUCUUUAAGUUCAUUGAGAGGUCUUAAAACAUUAGACAUAUCUGCCAACAAUCUCUCUGGUGAAAUUCCAAAAUUUCUUGUGAGUUUUGAAUUAUUACAAUAUUUAAAUCUUUCUUUCAAUGAUUUCGAAGGUGCGCUGCCAAUUGAAGGAGUCUUUAAGAAUACAAGUGCUACAUUCAUAGAGGGAAACAAAAAGCUCUGUGGAGGCACUCGUGACUUCCACUUGCCCAGGUGUAACUUGAAAAGGUCCAAAAGGAGAUGGAGUAAUGCUCUUAAAUCAAUAAUUGCUAGUGUUUCAGGGCUGUUGGGUUUGGUACUCUGCUUUCUCUUCUUUUUCUGGUUUAGAAGAAAAAAAGAGCAGCCUACACCAAUCUGGGUGGAAAAUUCCUUGUUAAAGUUGUCAUACCAAAGUAUCCUAAAGGCUACUGAUGGGUUCUCCUCAGCAAAUUUGGUUGGUGCAGGUAGCUUUGGUUCUGUUUAUAAAGGAAUUCUUGAAGAGAAUGGAGGACUUAUUGCAGUUAAGGUGCUUAAUGUUUCAAAUACUAGAGCUUCCAGGAGUUUCAUGGCUGAAUGUGAGGCCUUGAAAAACAUAAGACACCGAAAUCUUGUGAAGAUACUAACAGCAUGUUCAGGUGUUGAUUAUCAGGGCAAUGAUUUUAAAGCAUUGAUUUAUGAGUUCAUGGGAAAUGGGAGCUUGGAGGAUUGGCUGCAUCCAUCUGUUGACAGGAACGAACAGGAAAAAAUGAAAACCUUGAAUCUUUUCCAAAGUAUAAAUGUGGCAGUAGAUAUUGCUCAUGCAUUGGAAUAUCUCCAUCAUCAUUGCGAAGCAUCAAUUGUUCACUGUGACCUCAAGCCAAGCAAUAUAUUACUCAAUGAUGAGAUGGUUGGCCAUGUAGGUGACUUUGGCUUAGCAAAAUUCCUUUCAGCAGAUAGGCCUAUCUAUUCUACUAGUCAGUCAAGCUCCCUUGGAGUAAGAGGAACUAUUGGUUACGCUCCACCAGAAUAUGGAUUGGGAAGCAAGGUGUCAACAAAAGGUGAUGUAUAUAGCUAUGGCAUCCUCUUGUUAGAGAUAUUCACCGGGAAAAGGCCCACCGAUGAAAUUUUCAGGGAGGGAUUGAGCCUUCACAACUUUGUUAAGGCAGCUUUACCGGAACGAGUGGCUGGAAUUCUAAAUCCCAUUUUUCUUGGAGAAAUAGUCAAAGGUGGAACAAUCACAAACGACAGUUACCCUGAAAACAGCCUGACAAAUGGCAGACUUCUGCAACACUUGAAUGCAAUAUUUGAAAUAGGAGUCACUUGUUCUGCUGAAUCCCCAACUGAGCGAAUGGACAUGCGGGAUGUAGCUGCCAAGCUCUGUUCUAUCAGAGACCAUCUUGUGUCUACUUGAUUAUUAGAUCACGAGGGCCACAUAUUGUAUACCGCCCAAUCAGUAGGAGAUUAUGUCGUCUUAUGCUAAAGUAAAUAAUUAAUUUUGCAUUCUUUGCAAAAUACCCAGUUUAAUUACAUGAAUUAAAAAAAGAAGAAGCAUUUUCACCACUUUUCAGAU